AUGUCUUCCCAAUCUCAAGCAACCCGAACUGAGCGCUCCUCUUCCACCGCCUCCACAAUCUCCACAACCUCCACCGGCAGCUGGUUAGAACUAACCAGCGUCCACCGGACCCCCGCCACGGCAACCGCCUCCACCGGGCACCCCUAUCUCGAGCUCACGCCCUCGGUUCCGAGCACUAGAUUCCGCGGAACGCCGAACAACGAGGAGCAGCGCCGCCUGAUGCUCCUGCGCGCGCGGGACAACUGUUAG